AGGUAAUGAAAUGUAACAUGUUUUAGGUAGUUUGCACUGUUAAAAUUUGCAUGUUUGUACAUAAACCUCAUAUCUAGAAGAUAUAUCUCGUUACAGUUCACAGUGAAAUGGAGUCAAAAUCAGAUAUUGGAAACGGUCCAGUUAUCAAUAUGGAAAGGGUUCCAAUCACAGAGGGGCAGGAGAUUCAACGUUCAGAUGAAAAGAGAGCGAAUGGAAUCAGAAAUGAAAGAAUCAAACUUCGAGUUAAGAAUAUACCCGUGUUGGAGGAAAGAAGACUCCUUGCGCUAGAAAGGCACAUCAAGCGUAAACGGAGGAGACGGCCGUACGUCAGAAAGAUGAAGAGUUCGGACAAGACGGAGCACCAGCUUGGCAAAACCAUGGUGGCUACAAAUGAAAAAAACCCUGAAGACCCUGGGGCGUUUGAUUUUAAGGAUGAAGGUUUACAAGUAUUUGAAGGAAAAGAAAAAGAAGUUCGCAGUGAGGAUGAAGUCGAGGGUACUGAAAUGGUAGUUUUUGAUAAAUAUGAGAAGCAAACUAAUCUACAAGCGACUAAUGACUUGAUCGAGAAUUUUGAAGUUCAAUCAACAAAGAUGAAUGUCGCAAAAGAUCAGCAACAGGAUGAACAAUUUGAUAAGUUGGUUGAAUACGUGCUCGACAUAGUAAAAUCAGAAAUAGCGGAUAAAGUUGAAGAUGAAUUAACGAGUCAGAGCGACUUUAAACACUCGCAGGUUAAAGAGGAAAGUCAAAUAAAAGAUGAUGAAGGGGCUGGUGUGAAGGUGAAGCAAGAAAAAGAAGAGGUUAAUACUUCAUCACCUGAAUGCGCUAGGCACGUAAAUGAUGAAGACUUGAAGAAAGGGAAAGAAAACUUUCAAGAUGAAGAACUCAAACAUUUGGAGAUAGCAAAGGAUAACGACAACAAAAUUGUUGAUAUCGGAGAUGAAAAUGCUGAACAAAGCUGCAACACAUCAAGAACCAGAUCAAAGGAGCCCACGCAAAAAGAUCCCGAUGGUGAAGAUGAUGGAAAGACUGGUUUCAAUACAAGAAACAAGGUUGCCAUCGAUGACAAAAAAGAAGAAGAAGAAGAUGUUGUUGAUGAUGAUGAUGAUGAUGAUGAUGAAGGCUUCAUGCCGAGAAAACUAUUCUUCUUUAGUUUUUCUGAAUUUAAGAAAGAAGAAACCUCCGCCUGAUGCAAGAUUAACACUUAUCAGCAAAAACAACAUUUCACUUCGACAUCUGGUUAAUUUGUUAAAUAUUACUUAAGUUUAAGAAAUAAAUUAUGUUCUGUA